UUCCCCACGGAAAUGAAAGGAGCACUUCCGGGUUCGGCAAUAACCUGGAGCCGGCGGCGGAGGUUGGCUCUUUAGGGCUUCACCCCGAAGCUCCACCUUCGCUCCCGUCUUUCUGGAAACACCGCUUUGAUCUCAGCGGUGGGGGACAGGUAUCUCCCGGCUGCUGCAGGUGCCCUGGAUCCAGUCGGCUGCACCAGGCGAGCGAGACCCUUUCCUGGUGCAGUCUCAGAGUUCCCGCUGGGUGCAUCCGGCCUGUGUGUGGCGCGAGGCAGGGAAGCCGGUACCCGGGUCCUGGCCACAGCGCUGACGUUUUCUCUCUCCUUUCUUCUCUUUUCGCGGUUGCGGCGUCGCAGAGGGUAGUGUGAGCCCCCAUGGCAGAUACGACCCCGAACGGCCCCCAAGGGGCGGGCGCUGUGCAAUUCAUGAUGACCAAUAAACUGGACACGGCAAUGUGGCUUUCUCGCUUGUUCACAGUUUACUGCUCUGCUCUGUUUGUUCUGCCUCUUCUUGGGUUGCAUGAAGCAGCAAGCUUUUACCAACGUGCUUUGCUGGCAAAUGCUCUUACCAGUGCUCUGAGGCUGCAUCAAAGAUUACCACACUUCCAGUUAAGCAGAGCAUUCCUGGCCCAGGCUUUGUUAGAGGACAGCUGCCACUACCUGUUGUAUUCACUCAUCUUUGUAAAUUCCUACCCAGUUACAAUGAGUAUCUUCCCAGUCUUGUUAUUCUCUUUGCUUCAUGCUGCCACAUAUACGAAAAAGGUCCUUGAUGCAAGGGGCUCAAAUAGUUUACCUCUGCUGAGAUCUGUCUUGGACAAAUUAAGUGCUAAUCAACAAAAUAUUCUGAAAUUCAUUGCUUGCAAUGAAAUAUUCCUGAUGCCUGCGACAGUUUUUAUGCUUUUUAGUGGUCAAGGAAGUUUGCUCCAACCUUUUAUAUACUAUAGAUUUCUUACUCUUCGAUAUUCGUCUCGAAGAAACCCAUAUUGUCGGACCUUAUUUAAUGAACUGAGGAUUGUUGUUGAACACAUAAUAAUGAAACCUGCUUGCCCACUGUUUGUGAGAAGACUUUGUCUCCAGAGCAUUGCCUUUAUAAGCAGAUUGGCACCAACAGUUCCAUAGUUUAACAUCUAGUUAAGCUACAAAUAUAGUGUAAGCAUUAUUAGCAGCUGGUACUUCUGCUAGGGGUUGUAAAUUCCAGGUAUUACACUGACCUCAAUCCAAUUUACAUAAUUUACAUAAAUGCAUCUCAGUGGAAAAAUAAUCAUUUUCUUGGCAUGUUAAAUCAAGCUUAAAAAGUUUUGAGAAAAUUACUGCGCUGUGUUGCUAAUGGUUAAAGAAGUCUGUAUCUAGUGAUAAAUGUACCAAUUUUUUUAAAAAGAUGCUGUUGUGCCUAUAUCAUGAAGUACAUUAAUUUCUCUUGUAAAAAAAAUAGCUCUAAAAUUUGUUUCAACCUAAUUGGUAACCUGAGUUUAUAUCUGGCAUGAGUUCAUUAUGGUGAUACACAUAUGUGAAUUCAGUGCAUUUUGAGACAGUAUUCUACCAUUCAGUAAUUUUGGUUAAUGAUUUUAACACUUCUCAGUGUAUUUAAUUUCAAAUUGUUUUUUUAAUUGGUUUUAUGCUGAUUUGUUAGGACAGAUGUGUUUUGAAUGUACCAUUAUAAGAAGAAUUCUAUGUAUCUUAAACUAUGAUCUUCUAAAAUUUUAUUUCCGUAAGUACUUCUGUGGCCUUGAGUAUUUUUUAAAAGGCUCAACUGUAAGCCUCUUAGCCAAUUGGAUAAAUAUUUGGGGUCACCUAGCCAUUGAAAGCAGAAAGCAGUAGUGACACAGCUUUCCCUUCAAAGAGCCAUUGAGAAACAUUUCUCAAACAGGAAAUCCUUCUUUUACUAAUGUGGACAUAUAGAUUAUUCGUAUUAUAGUUUGUAGAACUACCUAGUUCAGAAUCUUGACUGCCAGUUUUCUUGGUUUCUUAGGCUUGAAUUUUCACAGACAAUUGCAACAGUUUAGAUGCCUUUUGAAAGGAAUGUAAUGAAGAUUCAGCAUCUGACUAUAUGUGUGUCUAUCCUGAAAUAAUAAUGGAGAGUAUACUGUAGAUUACAUGUUUACCCAUCAAAUCUGACUUAAAAGGUUAAAUGGAAGGUUUUAUAGGUAAGGUAAUUGAUUGGGAAUGGGGUAGGGGGAGGAGUUGUGGGGGAAUAAUGUGCAUUUCAGUCUCUUAACGCGUAGAUAAAUUUAGGGGAAUUGGAUGUAUUAUGCAACUUUGAUUUGGGUUGUAAAAUAUGUUAAAUCCUGUUCAUUGAACUCCCAUCAACUCUUAUAAAAUUCAUGCUGAUCUUCGUUACCGUUGCAUGAUUGGAAAUGUUUAAAACAUUGUACAGUUUUAGUAUAGAGAAAUGUAAUGGUUUUUGUGACCAGUUUCUGUCUGCAUGUAAUUUGGAUUUCUCAAAUACAUUCAUUAGUAAUUUAUCAGUAACAUUAGUUUUAUUUUUGUUCAUCUUCCUAAUCUAUAAAAAGGGGAUAUUCUUAGGAUAAAUACAUGAAAAAUUAUACUUGAUAGCUUAACUAUAAUCAGCUAUUUUUGUAUUUUUGUAAUAUUUGUCCACUAAGCUGGAGAAGCAGCCUCACACAGUUGAUUUUGUGUAUGUGGCUAGUCUUACUGUCACUAUGUAAGUAAUCUAAUGGUUUUAGAAACUAAACUUUCUAGAGCAAUAAAAUGACUAUAAUGUUAAGUAAACAUAAUGUUGAUUUCUAAUUAUGUUUUAAAAAAUGAAGUCUUGAAUUAUAUCAAGAAAUUUUGGCAGCUGAAGUCAUGUUUAUUUUGAAGCUGUUAGUUUUUUCCUAUAAUUUAAAAAGAUCUUUUAGAUUUAUAGAAGAGUCAGAAAUGUACAAGAGAGUUUUUUUUGUUUUGUUUUUGUUCUUUGAGACAGAGUCUGUCUCUGUCGCCAAGGCUGGAGUGCAGUGGCGCAAUCCUGGCUCACUGUAGCCUCUGCCUCCUGGGUUCAAGUGCUUCUCCUGCCUCAGCCUCCCGAGUAGCUGGGACUACAGGUGCACGCCACCACGCCUGUAGUCCCAGCUGUAUUGUAAAAAUACAAAAUUUUAGUAUUUUUAGUAGAGACGGGGUUUCACCAUGUUGGCCAGGAUGGUCUCGAUCUCCUGACCUUGUGAUCUGCCUGCCUCGGCCUCCCAAAGUGCCGGGAUUACAGGUGUGAGCCACCGCGCCCGGCCAAGAAGAGUUCUUUUGCAUACCCUUUACUCAGGUCCUCUCAUGUUAACGUUUUACGUAACUGUAGAACAUUUAUCUAAAGUAAGAUAUUAGCCCAGAACAAUACUACUAACUGAAGUAUAAAACUUAUUUGAAUUUCAACAUUUUUUUUUCAUUUCUUAUUUUCCUUUUGUGUGCUCUGUUUAUACCAUGAUCCAUGAUUUUUUUUUUUAAUCAUGAUUGUCUUUUAAAGAUCUGUGUGUCUCUGUUUUGAGUUUUUCCUGUUUAUUUUGGAAAGUACUGUUGGUCAAGAUAAUUGGUCAAUAAUCCAUGUUGGUUUUAACAAAAAGCAUUUUAACAUUAAAAAUAUUACAGUAUAAAACAACACUCUGCUUUAAAUUGAGGUUUUAUGUCAUUUUAGCAGAAUUAUAAUAUUUCUGAUAUACUCAUGUUUGACAAGUUGAAACAGAUUUGUUUCUUAAAGGAAGGUUUAAUAUACAAAAAAAGGUAAUCUUAAACUUAUGAAAAAGUAAAUUUUACAAUUUGAGCAUUACUAGAUGUUUAGUUUGCAUGAACUCAUAGUUAGAAAUUCUGCAAUAGGAAUAUCUACAACCAGCUGAUUUGGAAUUUGAAAUUAUAGUGUUACAUGUAUACCUAUCAAAUUAAAAUUAAGGAAAUACAAUAGCAAUAUAUAGAAUGAAUGUAGUAAGAGAAAUUAACUCUUUACUGCAUCAUUGAACUUAUUGUUAGUUACAGGUUUAAAAGAAGUUCAUUUAACAUCCAGAGUGUCUAAUUCUUCUGGAAGUGGUGUAGUACCAUUGUUCUUCUGGCAUUUUUAAAUAUUAAACCUUUUUGGAUAGAUGGAAGCCUUAUACAAAAUCUACUUUAUUUUAGCAAGGAUUCUCUGUCCUUUUGUAUAGUUGGUACCUUACUAAUUUAAACUCUAAUAUCAAUCUACAGAGAAAUUUAUUAAAUGCAAUUUGUAUUUAGUUUUUUUUUUUUUGAAUAAAAUUCAGAGGUAGAUCCUCCUGGAAGAAAGAAAGCAAGCGAACUUUUUAAGGAAAAUUAGACUUGAAUAUUUAAGAAUGUCCCUUACAGAGAAAAUCAAGGCCAACUAUAAUACUAAGCUAAAAGUUAUGAAAAAUUAAUAGGUUCUUUUAUAGAGCUAAGAAUGAUGAAACCAUCAAUACUUCCUUCUUCCUAAAAAUCCGGAUCAAAACUUCAGGUUAGGUUUCUAAGUUUAGGACAUGAAUAUUAUUUUUUUCUGGAAAAGAAGAUGAGUAUAUGUGUCAUAAGACAAGUAGAACUGAGAGAUUUAGUUUUUUUUUUUUUUUUUGAAGUUUUAGUUCAGAAUAACAUUAAUUUUGAGAGAUUGAGGUAAAGAACCUUAACUAAUGCUAAGGAGUUUAUUUUGAUUAACAUAGGUUAUUCUGACCACCACCUCUUCCUUCCUCAAUCUCCUUAGAAUCUGACAGUCUCAAAGCUGUCACACAAAUUAGACUAAUUUUGACACUUUGAAAUGAAAACUUCAAGGAAGAAGUAGCCACGGACAGUUAUGUUUAUAAUCAGUAGGUGGCACUCUUUCCUCAGGUAGCCCCCCAUUUUCACAUGAUGUGUUUGAAGGUUAAAUGCCACCAAAAGUGCUGAGUCAGCUAUAAAACUAAGUCCCUGAAUUCCAUGGCCCUUUUAAAUAUGUAAUCAUUCAAGAUUGGAAAAAAAAAAAAAUUAAGCAUUUUUUGUUUGUUUGCUUGUUUGUUUUUGAGACGGAGUUUCACUCUUGUUGGCCAGGCUAGUGCAAUGGCGCCAUCUCAGCUCACUGCAACCUCUGCCUCCCGGAUUCAAGCAAUUCUCCUUCAGCCCUCCAAGUAGCUGGGGUUACAGGUGCCCGCCACCAUGCCCAGCUAGUUUUUGUAUUUUUAGUGGAGAUGAGGUUUCACCAUGUUGGCCAGGCUGGUCUUGAACUCCUGACCUUGUGAUCCCCCCACCUCGGCCUUCCAAAGUGCUGGAUUACAGGCGUGAGCCACUGUGCCUGGCCUGCAUUUUUAAAAUACUGAAUUAUUCAAAAGAAGUACCCUGUCAAUAUGUGCUUUCUAGGAAAACAGUAAAAUAGGCCACAAUUUGGAGUGACAUCAUUCAGAUCAAGGUCUAUCCAGUUUUUUCUUUUCAUGCUAAGUGCCUACAUCACCGAAACACACUAAUAUAAAAUUAUCCUUUCUCCUUCAUUUUCAGAUGUGUAGAAAAAUGGUACUUAAAAUGUUUUCAUGAUCAUUUUGUAGGUAGACUAGAUAUAGCCCGUUGAACCUCUUUUAAAAUUUAGACUUUUGAUAGUAAUAUAAAAGCAUAUUGAAAUUUGUAGAUAUUAUAUUAGGAAUGGCACCUAGAUUUGAAAAUUAUGCUUGGCUUGUAGAGACAACUAGUUUCUCUCUCUUUUUUUUUUUUUUUUUUUUUUUUUGAGACAGAUUCUCACUCAGUUGCCCAGGCUGGAGUGCAGUGGUGCAGUCUUGGCUCACUGCAACCUCUGCCUCCUGGGUUAAAGCGAUUCUCAUGCCUCAGCCUUCCUAGUAGCUGAGACUACAGGCGUGCACCACCACGCCCAGCUAAUUUUUGUAUUUUUAGUAGAGACAGGAUUUCACCAUGUUCACCAUGUUGGUCAGGCUGGUCUUGAACUCCUGGCCUCAAGUGAUCUGCCCGCCUCGACCUCCCAGACUGCUGGGAUUAUAGGUGUGAGCCACUAAGCCUGGCUGAGACAACUAGUUUCCCUUAACAACUCAUUGGAAUUCUCUAGGAUUAGGAGAAUUCCACAGAGCCUGUAUGAUAUUAUAGCUCAACAUUUAGUAUACCAAAGGCAUACCCGUGUAAAUCUAGGAGUUAUUUCCAGAGAUUGUUUUAAGGAGCAGUCUUAUAUUCAGGGUAGAAAGUUAUGAUUGGAUCUGCUAUUAAGGAGAAGAAAGGAGCUGCUAAAGGUUUGGGAGGUUUCCUGGUAGUAACUAUUCUAGGAAAUAUUUAUGUUUUAAGGUGAUGUUCACAUGGGUUCUUUAGAAGGAACAUAGUCAAGUGUGAUGGAUUAACUCUAUAUAGUCUUUCUCCUCUGGCGCGUGUAGGAAAUCUGACCUGCAGUGUGAGUUGAUGUGACAAGAGAUAAAGAAAGCACUGUAUUUUAAAAUCUAAAGCAGAUUCCUUUCUUAGAAAACAAUAGGAAAAAAUUAUAGAUGGAUAUCUUUGCUGAAAUCUAACAAUUAGCUCAUAUUCCAUGAGAAAGAAUGGCCUAAGAAUCAUUUCAUGUUACCUAGCCUUCUGAAGCUACUCACUUGAUGUGCCUAGCACUUUGAAACUAACCUUUUUUUUCUUUGUUCAUGACAGCUUAAUUCCAAAUAUUUACUAUUUUCUCUUGUAACUGUUAGAACAGUUCCUUUUGACAUUAAUUUUUGCCUACAUAUAUAUUUUUAAGUUGAGACCAAAUCGGUGAAGUGUUGAGCAAGUAACAUUUAUGAUGUGUGUAUAUUGGAACAAAUGUAAAAGGGUUACAAAGAUUAGAAACAGAGUCAUAAAAAAUGGCUUGAUUUAUAAAGGCAUUACUUUUGGUGCUUUAUAUAAUGGCAUAUAUUGAACUAAAAAUUUGUAUAUACAGUAUGUCAGCAUUUCGUAGUAACUUCUCUUGAAUCCAUUUUUAAUAUCUAAUAUUGUACAGGUUGGGGAGUUACAUUCUUCAGGCCAAUACUGUCCAGACUAUAUAAAUUUAUAAAAUAAAUUGAAAAAUUCAUUCCCCUGUAUUCAAGACCAAAGCACAUAAAUGCUAAUGUAGGACUCAGAGGGGAAAUGCAGCUCUCCUGCAUAUUUGAGAAAAUGUGAAGUCCUUUCAAGAAAAUCUAAUAAACAUAAUAAUCAUAGCCUGCUGACACUAAGGAAAAAGGACCUCAUUCACUCUUUCUUUUAUGCAGCGAUUUACUGGUCCCUACUGAUUUCCAAAUUGGAUCACGAUAGUAAAUUAUCCAUGCUGGUACCUGUGAAAGUAAGCCCUGGGAUCCAUAUUUGUUUUGUGUUCUGCUUAAAUCAGCAAGAAUGAUAAAUUUGAUGGUGUGAAAUUGGAAGUAUCAAGGGCUUUCUUUGGUGAUUGAGGGAAAUAAUGUCUCUACUUGUAAUUUAUUGUGACCCUUUUUCACUGUAUAUGCUUUGUAUGUCUAAUAUUUAUUUCAAUGCAAAUUAAAUUGUUCCUUCAUCUGUAUUGUUAUAUCUAAGAUUUUAUUGAUGUUAAAAUCUAAUUGUGGAAUAAAAAUCUCUCUGGAUUUAA